AUGGCUCCACGAAAGAGUAAAUUACAACAAGACCAUACGGAGAAAGUGGGGGAUGAUGGUGCUCGUAGUGCAGAAGGUGGACCAAACAAUGAAACUAAAAGAGCUCCUCGACGUCGAAGGGGAUUCACUGUACUAACUCUCAAGCCAGGAGUACCCGAUGUAAUAGUAACGCAUGAACCAAAAGUUACUUGUACAGACACUGACUUACAGGGUCGCUUAAAGGAUGUUAUCGACAACUGGAAUAAGGGCAGAGGGAAGAGUAACGACUGGGCAGCACAAAUAGACAUAAAAAAAUGUAUAUUAUUGAAGCGAAGAAUGAAUAAGGGUUCCGACCAAGUAUGGAAGGAAAUCGAGAAUAGGAUCAAUCCACUCUCUAAAGACAUAUCAGAGAAUAAAUCAAGUAUGGAAGAAACCUAUUGUAAAAAGCCUAAUGGACAGGGCACCAAGUGGACAGAAGCAGAUAGAAACGCGUGUAUGCUCAUCACUGCAGGAUUAAAACAUAUCUACGAAAUUAAAGAGGACACGGACAAAAAGGGCCAUGAGGUCAGGAAGAAUAAUAGAAUAUUUAGGGCCACUGCGGCAUGUAUCAUAUUAAAUGAACUCAUAAGGAAAUUAAAGGAUAAGGCAAAAUCUUGUACCCAGAUAAUAAGCAUAGAUAAAGGCAUAAAUCAUGCCUUCAGUAAAAGUGCAGAAAUUAAGGCAACUGCAUGUAAUGGUGAUCCUGACUGUUUUGAGUGCAAACAGGAAAACUAUUCAAACUGUAAAAUGGGAAGUAACCGAAUUGAGGAGAUGUUAAAGGAAAAAAUCGAUAAGGACGAAAAAAUAAAAGAAGCACUGGGAGACAUAUAUCCACCUUCCAACCCCUCAUCCACCUCCCCCAAUGGAACAGGUUAUAUAAAGAAAAAACCCGAGAAGUGGAAGGGGGAACGGGGAAGGAGAAGGAACAAAUACCAACCCACUAUUGAGGGAUGGUUCACACGUUUUUCGGAGGGUGUAACACAAGAGGAGAAAAAUAAUUAUAAGGAAUUAGGGAGCAUGCUAGCACUGUGCGAACCUCCUGAGGAUGAGGAGCCUAAGGACGGAGUAGACCUGAGCACGAAUAAGGAGUUUUGUGAAAUUAUGGUAAAGAAUAUAAUAUUGACGACAGGCGUUGCAGAGAAAUAUAAAAACGAAAACGGGAAAACACCGUGUGAGAAGAAAGUAAAAAAUAUUCCCUUAUGUGAUUUAUUAAAAGUAUGGAUGUGGUAUAUGGACUGGUUCUGUGUCCCUAAGGAAAUCAUAGAACGUGCCAUUAGCGUUGUGAAUUUAGUAAGGGGAAAACUUAAAGGAGGAUUAAUUAAGGAUCAUAAGUAUGUGGAAUGUGCUUAUGAGAAUGCACUUAACAUUCCUUAUUAUACGGGACAGAAGGAUAUGAGAGGUGAAGCGCAACAAAUAUUGCUCACAAGUGUGUUAUAUCAUAAGAUUGGAGCAAAAACUCACAAGAAAGAAUGGUGCACGGGGGGUAAAAAAAAGUACCAGCUCAAAGGACCAGAGGGUUUAGACCGUGCACGCCAUGAUCAGGGAGGGGAGGGCCAAAUAAAUAAUGGUUACAGUGGCUUAAAAGACCUGCAAGGAAUUCUUAAGGAAGUUGAGCAAGCAUUAGAACAGGCGCAAGAAAAAAAGGUGGAAAAGGAAGAAUUGUUAGAAGUCUCAGAACAAGUCACAGAAGAAACCAGCCACACCGAGGCAGAGACCCUCAAGUGA